AUGACCACAACCUGGCGGGUGACCUUGUUGCCAUUCGGGUGCCCCUGGGAGGACGUCUGCAAGCCCCACAUCGACGUCUUCCCGUCCGAGCCAAAGAAGAACGGGGAGGAGCUGUUCGAGUCGCCGCUGUGCGGCUUGCCGAACGUCAUCCUGACGCCGCACAUCGGAGGCUCGACCGAAGAGGUGCAGGCCGCCAUCGGCGUCGAGGUUGCGAGCGCGAUGAUCAAGUGCAUCAACACGGGCGUCCCGUAUGGCGCAGUCAACUUCCCGCAGGUCGACAAUCAUGCCUCGCGUCGGCACGCACCGGCUGAUCAACUGCCACCGUAA